AAAUCGAACUGCUUUUUGCUAACCCUAUCGCUUCUGUUUUUUUCAACAUGAAUAUCGCCCUGUUUUGCCUUCAAAACAAAUGGCCACGUUGACUAACAACAGUAAGCUUCGAUUUAGUAUCAUCCUGUAGAUUGAAUUUUCAUAUAAUGGCCUAACUCUAAGUGGGUUGUCGUACAAUAGUACAGAAUGGAAGAAGAGAAGAAGAAACAUCGACUUGUGUUGCCAGUGCCUAUGUAUCAGAGUGAUUACAACAUCUGGGCAGUUCUAAAAAAUUGUAUUGGCAAAGAACUAAGCAAAAUAACCAUGCCUGUGGUGUUUAAUGAGCCUCUAAGCUUCCUACAGAGGAUGGCAGAAUACAUGGAGUACGCACAAUUGUUGAACAUCGCAUCUCAGCAGGAAGAUCCCAUUAGCAGACUUCAAUACGUUAUAGGAUUUGCUGUAAGUGCAUUAGCAUGUAACUGGGAACGUCUUGGCAAACCUUUCAAUCCAUUACUUGGUGAAACAUACGAAUUGGAAAGAGAACACUUCAAAAUAAUCUGUGAACAAGUCAGUCAUCACCCUCCAGUCUCAGCAUUUCAUGCUGAAAGUGCCGAUUGGGUUUUUCAUGGAUCCAUUCAUCCGAAACUGAAAUUUUGGGGUAAAAGUGUCGAAAUACAACCUAAAGGCACCGUCACUGUGGAAUUUCCUAAGCGAAAUGAAGCAUAUACAUGGACCAACGUCACUUGCUGUGUACAUAACAUAAUAAUGGGGAAGAUGUGGAUGGAGCAAUGUGGAACAAUGGAAAUUAUAAAUCAUUCUCUAGGAUAUCGAGCCCAUUUAACGUUUAAACAGGCAGGUGGUAGCUCUAGGGACCUCCACAGGGUCGAGGGAUACAUCACAGAUAAAUCAAAACAAAAGCUCUAUUAUGUAUACGGAAAAUGGACUGAGUUCAUUAAAUGCACGGAUUAUCAGUCGUAUCAAGAGUAUGUCCGAGAAAAUGCUGCAAAAUUCAAAAACAGCGAUACGAAGAGUAAGAGUCCGAACGACUCGCCAUCUCACACGUCCAAGAAAAUGCUCCAAAAGUUCAACAGCUUGAAAGUGUCCACGUUUAGAUCGCAGAAUUCUACCCAAGAGACUGACGAAGACGAACUGGAAGAUGUACCAAAAGGAGAUUCAAAUUUCCUCAUUGAUAUUCCAAAUUCUAUAAAGAUCUGGAAGGUGAAUCCAAGACCACUCCAAAGCGGUGAUUACUACCAAUUCACAGAAUUUGCCAUGUCCUUAAACGAGCUUGAACAAGGAAUGAAUCAAACAUUGUGCCCUACGGAUUCUAGGUUGAGGCCUGACAUCAGAAAACUGGAACAAGGAGACAUUGACGGUGCUGCUCUAGAAAAAACUCGUUUGGAAGAGAAGCAAAGAGAUGCAAACAAGAGCAGGAAGCACAAGAACACUAUUCAAUGGACACCAAGAUGGUUUCGCCACGAGAUCAACCCAUAUACUAACCAAGAAGAUUGGAUAUACAAUGGCAACUACUGGCAGCGGCAAUUUGCAGAUGUACCAGAUAUUUUCUAAGACCCUACAAAAGAAAAAGAAAGUAUAUUUAGAAUAGUCCAAAUUAGAGAAAUAUAUAGACUUGUUAAACCCCUUUGUGAUGUGUCCCCUAAAGUACCCCAAUAGAAUAAUAUAUUUCUAUAGCAAAAAAUAGUAACAUGACACAACUGGAAUACACCUUGUGAUAACCCCCCAGAACUGAUUCUUUUUCUUGCCAGGCAUUUUUUUUCUGGAUCUUUGUAGAUAAAUCACAGCCUCAAAAUUUCGAAUAAAACUGAAAUCUCCAUAAUCUACUCGUGGUCAAUUAAAUUUAAGGAUUGUUGAAAUAUUAUAUUGUAGUUGAAAAAUAAUUAUGUCCAUAUGACUUAGAGGAAUAUCUGUAUGUAGAAGUUGCGCUGAAGGUAUAUGCGGGUGCCAAAAACUUGGAACAAAUUCGUAAACAAGGCUUUUAGUGCUUCCAUUUUAAAAUACACAUAAUUUGAAUUAAUUACUUAUAUUAUUUGGAGCAAAACACAACACUAAAUUUUAAAAAUAAAGUUAAAAAAAGUAUAAAAAAUUAAAACACAUGGGAAAGUAUAAUAGAAAUUCAUCAAAUAAAGCAAACUGUAACUAUAUUUAUUUAUUAAUAUUUUUGAUCCCUUACAUUUUGAAUUAAUAGAUUAAUUAAAAUAUACAUAACGUAAAAUAUGUAUAACUCAAUCUAAUAUAAAAACAAAUCUAGGAAGCUUGAAUCCCCUAUGAAUUAUAUAUUAUAGUUAUACUAUACUACAAAAAAGGCAAUAAAUAAUGUAAUUUAUAUAAAUAUAAAUCUUCAGUAUUACUAGAGAAACUUAUGCUAUUUGGCCAUUGUUAAUUUUACCCAUUAAUUAGAGUAAGCAACAGCUGAAGUAGAAUAGAGUCACUGCUGUGUUAGAGCUAUGUAUGUUAAAAGUCUGUAAAAAAUAGUGUUACUAGUUGGUUCCCUAUUUUUUAUUUUGUACCCAAAACAUAUUAUUUACCAUAUUCUUUUAAGAAAUUGCUAUCAGUCUGUUGACAGUUUAUCUAAACAAGUUAGGAAGGUACAGCUUAGUUCAACACCUUUAUUAUGAAAAAUUUAUUAAAAAAAUGUAUAUUCGUAUACAAAUAUAUUUUUGUAUUUUAUUUUUGUUUAAAGCUUAAUUGUGCAAUAAGAAUACAUUGCAAUAGAAAGUAGUGUAACUCACUAGAUAUUAUUGGUUUAUAACUUGACAUAUAUUAAGUUUUUAAUAUUUCUUUUCUCUAUCAUAUUUUUGGUAAUUUAGGUAUAAAUUUAUUAUAAAACCGUAGGUAAAAUUAUAUGAAAGAAACAAAGUUUUAAUUUUAACUGAUAAUUUCAAUGUUAAGGUUGUUUUAGUGAAAUUAAUGAAUUAAAUUGAAUAUGAACAAA